AUGCCUCACUCAUUCGGUUCAAGGGCGCGAACGCGUCACAUGUUCUCUAGGAACUUCAAGGAACACGGUUCACCCAACCUUACCACCUUCCUUAAGACCUACCGAGUCGGUGAUAUCGUUGACAUCAAGGCUAACGCCUCUCAACAAAAGGGUAUGCCCCACAAGUUCUACCACGGUAAAACCGGUAUCGUCUACAACGUUACCCCCCGAGCCGUCGGUGUAAUCUGCUACAAAGUCGUUAACGGUCGAUACCUCGAAAAGAGAGUUAACAUCCGAAUCGAACACAUCAAACACUCCAAGUGCAGACAAGAAUUCUUGGACAGAGUCAAAUCCAACGCCGCCAAGAAGAGAGAGGCUAAGGAGAAGGGUGAACACGUCGUUCUUAAGAGACAACCUGCUCAACCCCGAGAGGCUAGACACGUUUCUAUCAAGAACAACCUCCCUCAAACUCUCACUGCCAGACCUUACGAAACCACCAUCUAA